AGUGCUUGUGGUAUUUUGGAUUUAGGCCUCCUUCGUUUUCGUAUACUAUGAAUGUAGUAUAAUUUUCAAAUGUUCGAACUCGAAACUGGUGCUCCCUGAAUAGAUUCUUGAAAAGUAACAAGUGCAACGUCGAACUUUGUAAAUAUUGUUCCCGAGAGAGACGUAGAAUAAGAAAAAUCAACAGAAUGAGUCUUUGCGAGUGCGUCUGUGGGUCGCGUGGCGCUGAGAAGGCCGCUUCCGCUGGAGACAUUCUGAAGUCGGAGGAUAGCAGUUCUGGUAGCAAAUCUGGUAAAAAGGACGUGCUCGUCUGGGAAGGAGGACGACCAAAAUAACGUUAAAGUUGCUGUAGUGAGUGGAUCUGAACACGGACAAGGCGUGCUGGACCAGGAUUCUUUGUGAAGAGCAAAGAAGAAGUAGAUAAGAUAGUGGACAAGAAUCUUCUGGCUUUUAGCAGAGUGGCGAGCAAUGUAGAAGGAAAAAGCGUCGUUCUCUACGAUUACCGAAGGACGUGUGGUCCCGCUAUGUUUGCGGAGUAUGGUGCGUGGGAGAUGCCGAUGCGAGGGCUUUGUUAUACGUUAUCAACAAGAUGAAGAGGAGGGCGGCUCCUGGGAGCGCUACCUUCUUUUGAACAAGUUUUUCAAUGUGGGGGAAACCAAAAAUUGGUUAGUGGACGACUUGAGCAGCCAAAAGAUUGUAAGAAUUCAGGACAAGAGUGACGGCUCCAUCAUCCGGUUUAUCCCUUUUUCAAGAGUGAACAAGGGCGGCGACGUGAGGAUCCGCGCGAAAUCGAAGAUGUCAUUCGAGUCCCCACAAGCAACGAUGGCAACAGAAGUCUGCGACAACUGUCCGCCUUUGCAAGCCUUUUUGUUGGACGCGUUUAGGCGUAAGCUGGCAGCGGUCUUCGAGUUGGUGUCGCCUGAUAACCAAAUCGUCGUGCCCUACGCCUCCACCAAUCUUGUCCUGUUACACAUUCGCUCUGAGGAGACUGGUGCCUACUUUACUGCGGAGCAAACUAAAGAGUAG